AUGACAAUGCCUGGUCGCAACGUUUGUGCCGUUUAUCGAGAUUUGAGAGUCACAGCCAAAAACUACCUCAAGUUCAUUCAUUCACAAGAAAAAGAAAUGAACUCGCUUUGCUCAAGUGAAGAACAUCGAUAUAGAAAGAAAAGGUUACAAGUUUAUAUUGACAGGAUACUUUUCAAAGCUCAUUACACUGGUAAGUCGCCUUACAGGCACAUUGUCGAUUUAUGGCUCACCAUGAGUCAAAUAAGCUCCAAGAAGUAUAAAGAAAAUGCUGAACAACUUCGAUUGGAAAGCGAUUAA